CCACACCCUGCACUCAAGUUAUGAUGCAGUUCAUGGGGAGCGCACUUUUGCCCUACAUUGCCACUGGGGCUCCACCGCGGGUUUUACUUGAGCUCGGAGGUUAUUGUGGAUUUAUCGUCAGCUGAACGGACUCCUUCCCGGCGAAUAAGAUGGCAGAGUGCGCAGCUGAAGGCGAACUGCCUCAGAGGCGUCUUGCCGUCAAGGAGCAGCAAAAUGGAGAGGCGACAGACCUACCUGUGCGCCUCGACCAGAAGCUGUCUGUGGAUGAGAGGAAACAGAGGGACGUGGAUGAGCGUGAAAACCUGGUGCUGUGGAAGAAACCUCUGCUCACACUCUACUACUUCACUCUGGAACUGCUCAUCACCCUUAAAGAGUGGAUAUGGAGGCUCUGGCACCAAAGACAGACUGUAUUUGGCCUGCUGAUCCUGCUUAUCCUCCUGUCCAUUGCCUACUGCAUUGAAGGAACACACCAGAAGUAUGUGCGCUACAUGGAGAAGAAGACGCUGUGGUGUGCCUACUGGGUCGGCCUGGGCAUCCUGUCCUCAGUGGGUCUUGGCACUGGCCUGCACACCUUCCUCCUUUACCUGGGACCACACAUAGCAUCAGUGACCUUGGCGGCCUAUGAAUGUGGCUCAGUGGAUUUCCCCGAGCCACCCUAUCCAGACCAAAUAGUCUGUCCCCAGCAGGAAGCCCCAGCACCAGGCUCUGAUGCUGAGCAGGUGGGCGUGGAGGCUGCGGGGGUGGACAAGUUGGUGGGAUCAGCAGCCAUCCAUGGAAGCAUCUCUCUCUGGACUAUCAUCUCUAAAGUCCGCCUGGAAGCUUGUAUGUGGGGCGCAGGAACAGCUAUAGGAGAGCUUCCUCCCUAUUUCAUGGCGCGGGCAGCACGGCUGUCUGGAGCUGACCCAGACGACGAGGACUACCAGAGGUUUGAGGAGAUACUGGACCAGACCCAGUCUGCUCAGGACUUUGCCACCCGAGCAAAAGUUGCCGUGCAAAAACUCAUCCAGAGGGUGGGAUUCUUUGGGAUUUUAGCUUGCGCUUCGAUUCCAAAUCCCUUGUUUGACCUGGCAGGAAUAACAUGUGGACAUUUUUUGGUUCCCUUCUGGACGUUUUUUGGUGCGACACUCAUUGGGAAAGCAGUCAUCAAAAUGCACAUUCAGAAACUGUUUGUGAUCGUCACCUUCAGCAGGCACAUAGUGGAGCAGAUGGUCUCCCUCAUUGGAGCGGUUCCGCUGCUGGGUGCGGCACUGCAGAAGCCCUUCAGGGAGUACUUGGAGGCCCAAAAGGCCAAGCUGCACCAUCACACCGGAGAGGGGAUCCCAACUGAGGAGAGCUGGCUGUCGUGGCUUUUUGAGAAGGUUGUGGUCAUCAUGGUAUGCUUCUUUGUCUGCUCCAUUGUCAACUCCAUGGCCCAGAGCUACGCCAAGCGCAAGCAGCAUGAGAAGUACUCGGAGGGCAAGAUGGAGUGAAGGCCAGCUUACAUCAACUUCCAAAGCUCCCACCACUCUUUUCCACAUUUCUGGCUGAUACCCCACCAUUAUCUGAAGCAAAACAUCAGCCUCCAUCUGGUUUCUCUCUUGUUAUUGUAGCAACAUGUUAAUGUUGAACUCGGACUUCCAUUGACUUGCUCUUGAAGGCUUUGCAUUUGGUAGUGAUUUCCGCGGUUGUUCUGUGUAAGGUAGGUGCUAGUUGGGGUGCGUGUGAAUAAGCUGUUGUUAAGUGUCCAUGUUGGUGCUUUUCCUGAGCACGUGAGAAGAAGCUGCUGGCAAUAAUUCUCCUCAGUGAGGCCUUAAGCUGCACUGUUUGUUCCACUAGAAGAACCUUAAGUUCUCAUAUGUCCGUAGAGCCUCUUGAAUUGACUUUAUUUGAAUAAGCUAAGAUUAUUCCUUUGGAUUUUUUGGUGCGUGUUCUGUAAAACCAGCGUGAAGUAAUCUGUUCAAUAGCCCAUUUAUUUAUUAUCUAUAUUUGCUUGUUUAUUGGUAAGAUACAAGUAUUUAUGAUUGUACCGUAGACUUGUUGUUCAGUAUUGUCUUUGGUUAGAUAAGACUUGUCUGUACUUAGUUGUGUCCACCUCAGCACCAUCUCAUUUCUACAUAUUACAGAAGUCAGUUGUAGCAGAGCUGUUAAUGAAUGUUUCGUGCUGUUUUUUGGUGCUGUAGAUGACCACUUCUUCUGUGUGUGCAGUAAAGCUCAUACUGGUACUUUUGGAUGAGAAAUGAUAAAUCGGCCAUGAAUCACCCUGCUGGUCCCUUUGUCUGCCCUUAUUGUUCUGCUUCCAGGAAGAGAGCACAUGAGUCAGCCCGGGGCUACUUUACCAGAUGCAGCCAUAUAUUGAAUCAGAUCUACGUCUGUGUGUGUGUGUGUGUGUGUGUGUGUGUGUGUGUGUGCGUGUGCCUGCGUGUGAGACGGAGAGCUAGACGGAGAUAGUAGGUUGCGUGGCUGCCACAUUUGUUGCUCUCCCUUUUAUCUUUUAUGGAUUAAAGCAGAUUGUGUCCAGCUAAUAGACUCAGGGUCUGCCUUAAGUCUCAGUGCGGCAGAUAGUAGCUGUUGCCUUUAACUUAGAGACAGUCUAUGUCAUGGUAAGUCUGUUUCUUUGUCCUUAAUUGUCCACGGAGCUUCUUUUUUUUUCUCUCUCUUUCAUCCUUUUUUUUUUCCUUUCUCUUUACUCCAGACGAGGACAGCAAGCUCACGUUUGACAUCACAUAAGCUGCUCCUAAAGCAAAUCUCUGCGUCUCAUGCGAUCAAGUGUUCAUUUUUUGGUCUUUUUUUUUUUUUUUUUUUUUUUCACUCCUUGGAUAACGUCAGCUCGCUCUCGAUACAUGCAGUACCUUCUCUUUUUCUUUUUUUUUCGUAAUUGCCAGUGAAAUGUGCUAUUUUCUUCUCCCUCUCUGUACCGCUGCUGUGCUACGCUGGACUGAGCACAGUGGGCGCUAGAGCAGGCACAAGCAGGAGGGGAGGGAGGAAAAAAGAAAAAAAAAAAGAACCCUCAAGCGCACAGUGAAAAGCGUCUGUGCCGUUACCUCAGCUGAACCUUCGAAUGAACUCGUUGCACUGCCCCAGUCACGGAGCCAGGAGACGAAUCACUCGAGUAGAUUCAAAACAGAGGGGUACUGUUGAGCGGGCUGAACCCUGCGCUCUGCACCAGCUCUAGUCAGAACAUUCACAUCUCCUCUUUUUCUCCCAUCAUGGUAAGUCGGAUUAGGAUUUUUUUUUUUCUCUCUUUUUUUUUUUUUCUUUCUUUCAUUGUUGUCUCUGUACAUGCGUACGUCUCAGGCAUGUCCGUCACUCUCUCGGCCUGUCAGAUAGCUUAUCAGACUGGUGUUGGCUGUUAAGAUUGCAAGGCGACAACAGUCUGUAGGCUGUCUGACAUUUCGGGCUCUCUCAUCUGACCAGCAUCCUGUUUUGUCCUCUUUGUGUUAUUGUCACUGUCUCAGUUAGCAUCAGUUCCCAUUCAGAGGUGUGUGCUGCGAUGUCACUUCUCUUUAUCCCAACCGCUCGUUAAAAAAAAAAAAAAACGUCAGCGACAUGCGUCUAUUGUUUAUUUCCUCCACGCUGACGUCUGUGAGGGUUUUCAUGUGGUUUUAUGUGGGGAACUGUGUUUUCACAUGUUUGCAAAUGCAGAUGUAGUGAUGUCAAUAGUGUACUUCUGUAUAUGUGUGUGAGCGUGUGUGUGUGAGUUGGCUCUGUCCUCCUGAAUUUCCAGAGAAUCCAGACAGUACACACCUUAUUGCAACACAUCACAUUGUGACACCCAUUCCAAGGUAUGGUACACAGAGUGCUCACCCCUUCCCUUUUACACUUCCCUCUUCUCGUUUACUGAGUACUUUCUUCUGUUGCUCAAUACGCUGUUUUUUUGUAGGCGGCUGCAUUUUAUUGGAACAACUCUCAUGAGGGGGUGUUUUUCUAAGGGCCACAAAUUGGUAAUUAUACAAAGCUGAAAAUCAUUGCUUGACCAGUGGAUGCUUUUGCCGCAAAGCCUCAGUUUUAUUUUAGAGUCUUCUUUUUCUUUCUAAAAAAGAGCAAAAGGGUAAAACUUUUUUCCUGGUCAUAAAAGCAAAAUCAUUGGAUAACACUGGAAUGGCUCGCUGGCUUAGAGAGUGUUUUUCUUGGCAGUUUCAGGAUGUCCUGUUCCAUAAGGGAGCCCCCUUUUGGCAUGUCUGUCUGAAAGUGUGUGUGCAUGUUUGUCUAGAAAUUCUGUUUAUAUUACUACGUGUAAGUGCCUGUAUUACUUGUCUAAUACAUGUCUGUACCUGGGUUAUUUUUGAUGUGUACGCACUGUUUUGUUUUCCAUCUGCCUCCACUAUAAAUAAAGUCUGUUGAAAAGAG